ACUUCGUAACUGCACUGUGCUUUACGUAAAUCCCUUCCUUUCUGUUUUUAUUGCGGUCAUAAUCAGAGUAUUUGCUGCUAGAAUGGCUCUCACAUGCGAGGAAUCACAACCAGAAAGUGGGAAAGGCCUACACACCCAGGAAAGUGGUGAUGCAGGUUUCUCAGCUAACAUGAAGCAUGUCUUCAGUGACAACGAUGACGUCAUCUUUGCUGGAUGUGGAUUGCCCAAUGCAAAUAAAAAUAGCUCUGUGAGACCCAUGUUCAUAGAGGCAGAGAUCUCUGAGCUGACAAAAAAGGAAAUGCCGGUGAUGUUUGAGCCCAACAACCUUGUGUCUACGGGGAAAGAAUUGGGUGAAGCAAGAAAGAGGAAGCAGUCAAGCCGUGACUUGAAAGAACAACAAUUUCAAGAAAAGAUGGACGGAGAACUGAAAGAAGUGUUUCUUCCAUGGCGCCCACGACAGAAGGCUCAGAAAAAACUUCAAAAGAGUCAUCCAAGGGUUCUAGGAAGAAGAAUUAAUAAUUGCCAGAACUCAAAAUUAAAGUGGAAAACCUUGAUUGUGUGCUGUUCCAUGAUGACAAUGCAAUUAGUUUUCUGUGACACAUCGACUGUUGGACCUACAGGCACUUGCUUCACCUGCAUGGAUAAGGCCAGAUGUCCAAACCUGAUAACAAUAUAUGCGAAAAAUGAUCGUUUGGUCUAUGACAGACCCACUGAAGAAGAAAUCCCAAAGUGUUCUGAAGCCCCUCCCAUCACAAAGAACUGUUUUGUGUGCUGGUCUCAAUCAGACGUGAACAUCCACUGUCCCAACAACAUCACAACAUUUGAGGCUGAGGAUUGCAAUGGCUCAAGAAUCACAAACAUCAUCAAAGGGUGUGAAAAGCAGCUAAAGCCUUACCCUGCACCUACUGGACCAGCUAACAAAGCGAGUCACACUCAUUUCCUUACUGGACUCAUAUGUAGUGUUGUUGCUGUUGUGAUGCUACUCUGAAUCGUGGUGAUCUACGUUGUGAGUGUGCCUGGUUGUGAAAACAGUACUUUCUAUUAGAUGGUUAUAAUUUGUGCUUCAAUGUCAUUUUCAUUUUCAGAUCUGGAAGAAUCAAGAUGGCUGUUUAAAUUUUUCAUAGAGUUGUAUUUUUAAAUACUUCUUUACAUUUCUGUUAAGUUUCUGAUAUCUAUUGUGUGACUUUUUCUUUUUUUUAAUUAUAUAAUAAACUUAAAAAUUGAAAGUCAGUUCUGCUAUUUCUAACCUCUAACUUUUUACAGUUACACAUUUCUAUAUUUGUUAUAGGACAUAUGAUGAAAGCAAUUAAGAAAAUCCAGGUAGAAAAUCAUCACAACUGCUCCUACAGCCACUGUUAUUCACUUGGUUCUCUUUUUGUUGCUUGCUAUUUUCCACUUGUGUUUUUACUUUAAGUCCUUUUCUUUAUAGUUAACCAUACCUUUUAUCACUGUUGUGACAGGCUAAUCAAUCAAUUGUUAAGUCAACACAAAAUCCUUCAGGCUGAUUAAUUUUUAAAUGCAUGCUAGUCUUAUUGACAUAUUAUAUUUAAAGCUAUUGUGGUUUUAGUAAGUCAGAAAUAUAGUUACAUUGCCCACUUUGUUGAGUCAUUGAUUAAGCAAUGACUCAACAAGUCAUUGCUUAAAGAAAAGGGAAAGAAAAGGGGAAAAAAAAAACCUUGGUAUUUUAUUCUAUGUUGCAUGCCUUUGUGUUUUGUGUUUAUGAUGUAAAGCACUUUGAAAUGCCUUGUAGCUGAAAUGUGCUAUA